AUGAGUGAACGUUGCGGUCCUUUUGCCUGGUGUUCCAUCUCUGACUUCCGAGUCUUGAACCAAGCUGAAAACCCACGAUCCGCCACGUCGACAUCAUCACAGUCACCAAGUCAGACGACGAUUGUUACUGAGACUAGUCAACAUGGUGAUGUUUCCAAGGGUAAGACCGUGGUUGUCAUAUCAUCAGUGACCUGCAUCACGGGCAUCAGCUCCCUUCUGGUUGGCGUGGUCACUGUCUGCAUUCCGGCUAUGGCUAGGGAUGUCAAUCUCCAGAGCAAUCUCCUCUUAUGGCCUGCCUCCGUCUACGCCCUGACUUGCGGAUGCACACUCCUGCUAUCAGGCGCCAUGGCCGACCUGUACGGUGCUCGAACACUCUACCUCAUGGGAUGUUUCUUGCAAUCAGUCGUCACCCUCGCCUGUGGGCUGGCGAACACGGGGAUCCAGCUCAUCUUGUUCCGUGCCUUUGCCGGAGUCGCCAUCUCAAUGUGUCUCCCCUCUGCCGUGAGUAUCAUCACGCACGCGUUCCCCACGGGUAAGAGAAGAAACCUUGACUUUGCGUCAAUGGGAGGAGGCCAACCCAUUGGGUUCUCCGUUGGUCUCAGCGUUGGCGGCGUCUUCACAGAUACGAUUGGUUGGAGAUGGGGAUUCCACAUUGCCGCAAUCAUCAACACAAUCAUCUUCCUAAUUGCGCUGAAGUGGUUGCCCAGCAUCGGAAAAAGAGAUCCGGUCACAUGGAACCGGUUCAGGACCGAAGUGGACUGA